AUGAUAAUGAUUGACAGACUGGACUGUGAUGUUUGUUAUUACCACAUUCACAAGCUCUGUGCUCAGUUUGCUUGUCAAAGCUCCAACAUGGAAGUUCAAAAAGCAGGUCUUUUAUUCUGUCUUUUCCUCUUCUCAGCUGCAGAAGAUUGUAUGCACUCCAAUGGAAAAGACUACGGAGGCAAGAUCUCCAUCACUGAGAGUGGAUACACCUGCCAACGCUGGGACUCUCAGACACCACACCAACAUGAUUACACCUAUAUAUUUUUACAUGAGUUGAACUUGGAGGAGAACUAUUGCAGAAACCCUGGUGGAGAUCCCAGACCCUGGUGUUAUACCACAGAUCCAUUCAAACCCUGGGAGUACUGCUCUAUUCCUCGAUGCAGGAGUAUGAAAUGCGGACAACCAGCAACAGAACCUAAACUUUGCAAUGGACAGCGAGUUGUAGGUGGAUGUGUUUCAGAACCCCACUCCUGGCCUUGGCAGGUCAGUCUCAGAAAAAGGAGUUGUAGACAACAGUGUGGCGUGCACUUUUGGAAGUGGAUGUUCAGCAGGAGGGUUUCUUUAUCAAUUUGUUCAUCUAUAAAGAGAAAAAGAGACAAGAGAAGAAUUGAUAAGACUCAUGUGUGUGGUGGAACUCUGAUUCACGAGCAGUGGGUCCUGACCGCAGCUCAUUGUCUUGAUGGGUCUGAAACCAGCAUCACGACUGAAUUCCACACGGUAGGCUGGUCAGAGAUAACUAAAUAUUCCAAAUAUAUCAUUUUCCUUGGAAUCCAUACAGAACAUGCGGAUGAACCAUCCAAACAGAAAAAAGAUGUCGUUAAAAUAAUUAUGGAACCAUCUGGAGCUGACAUUGCUCUUCUUAAGUUAUACAGGCCUGCAUUUCUUAAUGAUAAGGUAUCGCUCGCUUGUCUACCAGAAAAGGACUACAUUGUACCAGAUGCUACUGAAUGUUUUGUGACAGGCUGGGGAAAAACAGAGGGAACUGGAGGACAGGGUUACCUGAAAGAAGCCGCUGUCCCAGUAAUUGAGAAUAAAAUCUGCAACAGUCCAUUAUUUUUGUCUGGUCGUGUGAAGGAGCACGAGAUGUGUGCCGGAAAAAUGAAAGGUGGAACAGAUACCUGUCAGGGUGACAGCGGUGGUCCUCUUGUCUGUAAAACCCAGAAUAAGUUUGUUCUUCAGGGAGUGACAUCCUGGGGUGAUGGCUGUGCAAAUGCUAUGAAACCAGGAGUCUACGUCCGUGUCUCUAAGUUUGUUGACUGGAUAGAAAAAACAAUUAGAGGGAGUCUGAAAUGCGGACAACCAGCAACAGAACCUAAACUUUGCAAUGGACAGCGAGUUGUAGGUGGAUGUGUUUCAGAACCCCACUCCUGGCCUUGGCAGGUCAGUCUCAGAAAAAGUGAUAAGACUCAUGUGUGUGGUGGAACUCUGAUUCACGAGCAGUGGGUCCUGACCGCAGCUCAUUGUCUUGAUGGGUCUGAAACCAGCAUCACGACUGAAUUCCACACGGUAGGCUGGUCAGAGAUAACUAAAUAUUCCAAAUAUAUCAUUUUCCUUGGAAUCCAUACAGAACAUGCGGAUGAACCAUCCAAACAGAAAAAAGAUGUCGUUAAAAUAAUUAUGGAACCAUCUGGAGCUGACAUUGCUCUUCUUAAGUUAUACAGGCCUGUAUUACUUAAUGAUAAGGUAUCGCUCGCUUGUCUACCAGAAAAGGACUACAUUGUACCAGAUGCUACUGAAUGUUUUGUGACAGGCUGGGGAAAAACAGAGGGAACGGGUGGACAGGGUUACCUGAAAGAAGCCGCUGUCCCAGUAAUUGAGAAUAAAAUCUGCAACAAUCCAUUAGUUUUGUACGGUCGUGUGAAGGAGCACGAGAUGUGUGCCGGAAAAAUGAAAGGUGGAACAGAUACCUGUCAGGGUGACAGCGGUGGUCCUCUAGUCUGCAAAACCCAGAACAGGUUUGUUCUUCAGGGAGUGACAUCAUGGGGUGUUGGCUGUGCAGAUACCAUGAAACCAGGAGUCUACGUCCGUGUCUCUAAGUUUGUUGACUGGAUAGAAAAAACAAUUAAAGGUUAAUGUUAAACGCAAACAUUCGCUCGCCUAAAUAUGUAAUUGUAAGUUGAAAUGACUUGUUCACCUGUUUUAAUUAAACUUCCAAAUUUGA